AUGGUCAAUGCAACAAUCACCAGCCUGCGCGGCGUUCUAGUAGUCCGAAAGGUCUGCGUAUACUUUGGCCAGAAACGGCUCUUUGCACUCUUGGAUGUGUUCAAUUUCGACGUCCAGAUGGGAUGGGACACAAUCUGGUUCGAUGGUGUCAAGAAUUACUGUGAAGAACUUGUGUUUGACGAGCUUCUGACCUGGCAGGCCUCUGAGGCAGACGAUGAUUCACAUUUGCAACACGCUGCCGGGCCCUCUGACAUGUAG